AUGUUUAGUGAUCCUGCAUUCUUUCGCUUAAUUCUGGCACAUCCAAAUCGACACAACUAUGAUUUGGGCUCGUUACAAUAUGUUGGUGUUGGCGCAACAUCUGUGCAGCCAGACUUCUUGCGCAUGCUUGAAACAGAACUUCACAUAGGUCGAACUGGUCAAGAAUAUGGUCUAACCGAGAGUGGCAAUUUUCUUACUAGUAGUCUCUAUGUCGAUCAUAAUGACAAUCGACGGCAUACAUCACUUGGCCGAUGUCUACCACAUAUUGAGCUCAAAAUCGUUAACAACGAUGGAACAACACUUCCAAUCGGAUCCGAAGGAGAAAUAUGGGCUCGUGGUUAUUCAAUCAUGCGUGGCUACUAUAAUGACCCUGAACAAACGAUAGAGGCUAUAAAUAAUAGUGGAUGGCUUCGAACAGGCGACAUAGCUACUAUGGAUGAAGAGGGAUACUUGUUCUUUGUCGGUCGAAAAAAGGACAUGAUUAUUCAAAGCGGUCUUAAUAUUUAUCCACUAGAAAUUGAGCGAGCUAUUUAUGAACAUCCAAGCGUAGCCGAAGUUCACGUAUUUGGCAUUCCCGAUCCUCUUAUGGACGAAGUCCGACAAGUUAUAUGCAUUCAUAAUACCAAAGCACAUUCAAUUCGUGGAUGA